AUGUCAACUAACAAAUCCAAGACUGCAUCUCCUACCAGAAGAUCUCAAACUAUCAACAAUAAUGGUACGAAUAAGACAAAUAUAUAAUUAUCCAUAGAUAACUCAAGACAAGACUUUGUUCUUAUGGACAAGGAUCUCCUUAGAGGACUCUCAGAAAAGGAGGUUGAGAUUGAGCACUUAAAGACCACUGUGAUUGGAUUGAACACUAAAGUCGAGGUUAUAAGAGACAUGGAACAAGAUGUAGUAAAUUCCUAGACUAUUACCAAGAACUCAGAGAUCAAGAGAGUAGAGUUACAGACCUUUAUUAAGACCACCAGUAUCUAAAUCCAAGAAGACGCUCAAAAGAACAAGCAAUUCUAAGAUUCUGUCAUUAAUGAGAACAAUAACCUUCAGCAAGAAGUCCUUAGACUUAAGUAGGCCCUUAUCCAAAAAGAGAAGGAAAGAUUAGAUCAACAAUAGAGAUAUGAAACUAUUAUCUCAGAGAGAGAACUUAGAAUUAAGACAUUAAUUGAGGAAAAUCUACAGCAGUUAGCUAAGAUUAGAGAGCAAGAGUAGAUCAUAAGACUUAAUGAGGAUAUUGCAGACUAGCUCGCUCAAGCCAACAAACUUAUUGAAGUGCUUACAGAGUAAAAGAGAAAGCUACAGCAAGAACUUGAGACCGCCUCCGACUACAUCUUGGCACUUGAGGACAAAGUUUACAAAGCUAACAAGACUUCUCUCGAGUUAUUGAGAUAAUUGAAAGAUGCUGAGAUUGAAAUUGAAACACUCAAGAACUACAUCAUUGAAUUGAAGCAAAGAAUCGCAGUGUAUAUCCCAGUUAAGGAUGAUGUCAUUGACAAGAAACUUGCUGAGUUCAUCAACAACUACCCUGACAGACAGAAACUCAAGAUUAUGUUCCUCAGAGAGAGCGAGGGUGUCUAUCAAUUCGGUUCCAAGAGAGUUGCCGUCAGAGUCGACAAAGAUAAGAUCAACAUCCGUGUUGGUGGUGGCUAUUUGUCCAUUGAUGAAUUCCUAGAUCAGUACACCCCAGCUGAGCUAGACAAGAUGGAGAGAAAAGACCCACUCAAGAAGUUUAGUGAGAAGAUCGCUAUGCAAAAGACCCUUGUUGGUAAAGAAGUUAGAGAGAGCUCCCCAAUCAGAUCACCAACUAGACAAUGA